AUGCCCACCUACCUAAUCUCCAAGUCCGUACUUUCCCCGUCCACCACCCACACCCGCUGGUCUGAACGACGCAUUGCAUUGCUAACUCCAACCACCAGACUCGCAGACCCCAUCUUCGCCUUCUUGAUCGGGUCAUCCGCCGCGCUGAUCCGCAUCCGUCGCGAAGAACGAGAAAAACACCCUGCGCGGGCGGCGGAGAUCGGCUUCGGGGCUGUUGCGCAGACGGGCGUGAAUCGGUUGCGGAGGUGGUGGGCGGGGGAUUUUGAGGGAUUAUGA